CUGUUAAGUCUGCCGGCGAUCUGGUAGCUCAGUUAUUGAAUUAUUAUUGGCAACACUAGAGUAACUCUUUUCGCUCUUGGAUAAAAUACUUAAUCAAGCCGCUUUAAUGCCGCUAACAAUUACAAAAUUUCGCAAUUCGAGUGGGGGCGUGGUGGCCGCACAGCCCACAGUGGUCCUGCACCCCAAAACAAUAGAUUCCCAGGAUAACACAAAGAAACCGUUUGCAAAAUUGGAGCCGGGUAAUGCCUCAGUGAGGGUUACUACUGGCGGUAUAGUUCUCAACAAAAUACCAGCGCUUGUUAGGUCAAGUAUGAAGAGGGCAGCAACAGGAACGAUAACUGGAGCCGCGGCCGCGGGAGCAACAACAACAACAACAACAACAACAGCGUCAACUGGUACAGUGGGAUAUCCCGUUCUCAAAACACCCAAGUAUGUGAUUCAGACUGGUCCAAGCGGAUCCUCUGGCCAUCAGCUCCAGAUGCUGGCGAAAAAGUACACCCAAAGCUUGGGAAUGGCCAUAAAUUCUCUGCCGCCGAACACAAUCAUCAAGGCAACGACAAGACCUGCGCAAACAACGCCUUUGACUCCGAUUUCAGCGGUUGUUACUUCGUCGCCAAGCACACCAAGCAUGCGUAGGAAUUCCACUCAGUUCACACCAACUGUGGCAGCUGUUUCCUCCGCCGUGCGACAAACUGUGUUUAUCAAGAGGGAACUACCACAGCCGCAGAGGAGCAUGCGAAGUAUGACACUUGGUUUGGUGGAACAAGCGCCACUACUUCAUUUGGGUGUUGCUCCAGAGCACCUGUCACUACUGAAACGCCAGAUCUGCCGCAAUGCUAAUGUCACCCACCUGGACUGUUGCUUGACUCUAAGGAAACUCAAACAAAACGAACAGUUUGCCCUGUUGGCCGAGAACUUUGAGCUGAGCGAAUCAGAUGUCGAGGACACGUUCAAGCGCACCCUUAUCAAGCUGGCACGUUACCUCCGUCCACUGAUUCGGUGGCCAGAUGCACGGCACCACAACGAGCGCUUCAAGCAUACCCCAUUCGAUUACCGGGCCAACCUGCUGCAUGUGCGGUCGUUGAUCGAGUGUGUGGAAACGAAUGUGCCGAUUGAUCUGGGAUUGGGCUGCGACAGCUAUAAAUUCAUAUUAUGCAUCAAUACGAAUGGCAUCAUCAGUUAUGUGUCCAGCGCCUUUCCGGGCAGUUGCGAUGAUCUUCAGUUGUUUGAGGCCAGCAGAUUUCGGGAUGUCAUUCCCAAGUACCUGACACUAUGCGCGGAACCAGGCAAAGCAGUACACCGUGCUCGCAGGUCGGGCGGCGGAGAUACCCACGACUCAGCGGAUGAGGAUAAUGCUGUGGCAGAACCAAAGCGAUCUCUUACCAAAUUCGAGGCACAACGGCUGGGUGGGCAGCUAGCAAACCAGCAAUCCCUAUCCGUUGUAGAUGGAGCACUGACUUCUAAGCGUGCUCCAGCGAUUCAACUGCCCACAUUCAAUGCCCAAGAACCCGCCUGUAGAUCUCAAAUGAGGGAUAUGAUCGAUUGUUUUAGGGAAUUCCAGAUGCUGGAUAAUGGAGCUAUUCAGCAAAAGUCAUUGCUGGGAUAUCUUGAUGAAAUGAUCGUGGUGGCUGCUGCUUUAUGCAACCUUAAGCGCCAGGAGCUACUAUCUUAAAUAACAAAUAAGGUCUGUUUUAGGGCCAACAAUUUGUCCUUGUUCUAGUUACUAGAAAUAAGCACUUUUCAUACUGUUUAUACAGUGAAUCAAUAAAUAGUGAAGUGGAUACAAUUUGAAGUAUUACAAAGAAUGAAAUCGUA